CUCUCAGGCGUAUUCCGGCCCUCUCACAGGCCUUUGAUCUCGUAUCCGAUCGAAACCACAUGCCAAUUGUUGUCUCCGACAAUUGUCUCAUGCGUGGCGCUGUGCCCUAACGUCAAUUCCUCCAAGGGUUUGGCCGCACUGUCAGUCUUUCAUAGCUUUUGUGAGGCGUUGUGUUUUGAAGCUGGGGAAAAAUUUAUAAGUUUUAAAAUAAAAUAAAAAAGAUUCCGUCGUGAAUUGUUCAAAAAAAGAGGAGAUGAUGGGUAGUAUUCGUACAGUAUAUGGAGUGUCAGAACCAAUAUCUACUGUUGGGCCGACAGCGAUUGAUGUAGCGGAGAACGAGGCGCUGGAAAAAUUUCUUGCAGAUGCUGGUUUGUAUGAGAGUCCAGAAGAAGCCAUUAGAAGGGAGGAGGUGUUAGGGAGAUUGGAUCAGAUUGUAAAGAAGUGGGUGAGGAAUGUGGGUCGUGCUAAAGGCCAUAGUGAACAUCUUGCGCGCGAAGCCAAUGCCAAGAUUUUCACGUUUGGUUCAUACCGGCUUGGAGUGCAUGGCCCAGGUGCAGAUAUUGACACAUUAUGUGUUGGACCGUGGUAUGCUACUCGGCAUGAAUUCUUUGGGGAGCUUCAUGAUAUGCUGCUUGGAAUGGAAGAUAUUCAGGAGUUACAUCCUAUCCCAGAUGCUCAUGUUCCUGUGAUGAAAUUCAAGUUCAAUGGAAUAUCUAUAGACCUUCUUUAUGCAAGUGUUGCACUCUGGGUCAUCCCGGAGGACUUGGAUCUUUCACAAGAGUCCAUAUUGCAUGGUGUAGAUGGGCAGACUGUUCGUAGUCUUAAUGGAUGCAGAGUUACUGAUGAAAUUUUGCGCCUAGUUCCGAAUAUUCAGAGUUUUCGUACUACGUUGAGGUGCAUGAGAUUGUGGGCAAAGCGGCGUGGAGUUUACUCAAAUGUUACUGGAUUUCUUGGUGGUAUAAACUGGGCUUUGCUUGUAGCUCGCAUUUGCCAACUCUAUCCUAAUGCAAUACCCAGCAUGUUGGUGUCUCGAUUUUUCAGGGUCUAUAGUAUGUGGCGCUGGCCAAACCCUGUUUUGCUCUGUCCAAUUCAAGAAGGAUCUCUAGGACUUCCAUAUUGGGAUCCUAGGAUAAAUCCCAAAGACGGGGAACACCUAAUGCCUAUAAUAACCCCAGCAUAUCCGUGCAUGAACUCUAGCUACAAUGUGUCAAGAAGCACGCUUCGUGUUAUGACAGAAGAAUUUCAGAGGGGAAAUGGUAUUUGUGAGGCAAGCGGAGCAAGCUGGGUGAAUCUCUUUGAGCCUUUUGCAUUUUUUGAAGCCUACAAAGGCUAUUUGCAAAUAGACGUGUCUGCUGAGAAUAAUGAUGAAAUGAUGAGUUGGAAAGGCUGGGUUGAGUCUAGGAUACGUAUGCUUAUACUUAAGAUUGAGAGGGACACAAGUAAAGUGCUUCAGUGCCACCCCUGUCCUAGUGGCUUUUCAGAUAAAGAUAAACCAUUUCGUAGUUGUUCUUACUUCAUGGGUUUGCGUAGAAACCAAGAAACCAAUCCGCAACAAGGUGAACAGUUUGAUAUAAGGCUGACAGUUGCAGAGUUUAAAUGCGAUGUGUAUCGAUACCCGCUCUGGAAACCAACAAUGUCAAUCCAUGUGUGCCAUGUAAAACGAAAAGACAUUCCUAACUUUGUCUUCCCUGGAGGAGUUAGGCCUUCACAACCUGCAAAGCUUGCUACUGCUAAAGUUACGCCCACUGCAAGACGAAAGAGAAAGAGAUUAGAGUCCCCUGCUGUCCCUUCACCUAGUGAAGCAAUGAGAGCGAUUCUUCGGGACAAGAAAUUUGUACAACCAAUUGUUGACCAGCCAGAUGCUUCCCAAGCUUUUCAUGGGCUUGGAGAUGACGAGUUGAACGGGUCCGUUUUGGAUGCACCAGAAAGGCUAGGAGAAGAAGCAGUGGUAACUUCAGACGAGAACGGCAAUUCUUCCCAUGCCUUGAGUAACGAGUGCUUGGAAGAGCUUGAGCCUGCUGCCCUGGAUGCUCCAUCUACUGGCUCGGCAACUUCAUCGGCACGAAUCAAUUGUCAAAAGCCAAUGCUAAGGCUGAAUUUCACUUCUUUAAGGAGAACUACAGAGAAUUGCGCCUAAUGCCAGACCAUUGGAGACGUCGAAUGUUUGUUCACCUUUUAUCUCAGGGCUUGCUAUAUGAAAAAUCAUGUAAUUAAAUUCUCUUUUCAUAUUAUCAAAUGAAUGUGUCACUCUUAGUAUAACUGCAAAACCUUUACCUUGCUAAUAUAUAUUAUUUGAUUUUAUUAUUCGUUGGAACAAAUUAAUGUGUAUUGU